AACAAACGAAAGAGGAGGGAAAGAGCAAGAGUGACUGCAUGUCAUAUUGGCAACUCUUCUGCUCUCUUAACUUCUCUUCUUCCAAAUAAUAUUGCUUUUGAUUUUUACUCGCAUGCUUCUCAGUUGUGUCUCCUGCCCCUACUUCCCUCUAUUAUAUGCUCCUCGUUUGUUCUUCCACGUACAAGACAACUCAUCUCUCUUACGUAAUUCAUCGAGCACAUGAUGAACCCAUUUUCGUCGUCGUCGUCCAAGGCCAAAAAGAAGCAAACGGCGACAACAAGCACAGCUACAGCAAUGGCAACAACACAAGAGCAAAAACAUGAAGCGGCAUGGGGAGGGAGGUACCUGGGUGUCCGGAGGAGGCCAUGGGGAAGAUACGCCGCGGAGAUCCGAGACCCUUCUACCAAAGAGAGGCAUUGGCUCGGCACCUUCGACACUGCUGAAGAAGCCGCGUUGGCUUACGACAGAGCAGCUCGGUCCAUGCGCGGCUCACGAGCCCGAACCAACUUCGUCUACUCCGAUACGCCCCCCGGUUCUUCUGUCACCUCCAUUAUCUCCCCUGACGAAGAAACCCACCAGAACCACGACUUCUCGUCUUUCUUCGACCAAAACUCGCUCACCCAACAAUCCUACGCGAAUCCUCAACUCGCCGACGGUUUCAUCGCGUUUUCGGAUAGUAACAAUUGGUCUUCACUUUCAACUGAGGCUUAUAAUUAUCCACAACAUCAAGUUGAAACAGUGGAGGGUCAUAACCUAACACAUUUCCAACAACUGUAUGAUGAUAGUAACACUGAGCUUCCUCCAUUGCCACCAGAUAUUACGAGCUCAGCGGGAUACGAAAUGGGCAAUGGGUUUAGCGGUAACGAAUUCGGAUACUCGGAGCAGAGCACCGUGACGGAAACAAGCGGGGGAUCGUACCCGUACUUGGGUUUCGAUACGAUUGAUUACGUGCAUAGCCCGAUGUUCAGCACAAUGCCACCGGUGUCAGAGAAGGAGCCGGAGUGCUUCGACUUGGGGAAUUCGUCUUAUUUCUUUAGAGGUUGAAGAUUACGCUACUUCAUGUUUUUUCCGAGUGUGCGGCCAUGUUUUUCGUUGAUAUGUAUAUUGCAGUGAGUUUGUGUGACCUUUGAUGCGAUGCGAAGGAGAGAGAGAGAAGACCGACGAAGAUGACGAUUUCGGCGUGUUUUUGUGGUAUGGGCUUUUGUAGGGCCUUUCUUUUGAAACUCGUUUCUUGUUGCAUAAAUGGGCCCAGCUUUAUUGGCAAAGUCCAUAAUCUUUCACCAGAUAAAAGAAUUUUGAAGACCA